UUGUUGAUAUUUAGUUCCGAGCACAUCUUUCCGUAAACCAAAAACAAACCACUGAACUCUCCUUAUCCACAACAAUGUAUGGAAUACCACAGAAUCCCCAUCUAGGGGCCGCUGUGUGGUGGGAGGAGCGGAAGUUGAGGAAGUCGUGUAGUAGAUCGGGGAAUGAAGAGCCCGUGUUUGUUCUAACAGUGUGCCGCUCAAGAGUCCAGGAAGCGUCAAUAAACCAUCCUGAUACUAAACACACACUCACUCGCGCGCACUUAUCAGGACUGUGACUCGAUCAGGACACUUUUGCAUUAUGCAUUCGGACUGCAGGCUGCUGGGAUGGACGCGUCGGUAAUGGUGGGCAGAGGGACCGGAGGGGCUGCGGUCUCCAUCCUGAUCCUCUUCAUCCUUCUCCUCGGUGCCAGAAGCUCGCGGGCGCAGAAGGGGGACGGCUGUGGACACACAGUGCUGGGUGUGGGCAGUGGAAGCCUGGCGUCUCUGGGGUACCCUCUGUCCUACCCCACAAACUGCGUGUGUGAAUGGGAGAUCAGCGUGACCACUGGACACACAAUCCUUGUGCGCAUUGCAGAUCUUGACAUAGACACAAACAACUGCCAGGUGUCUUACCUGCGACUCUAUAACGGCCAUGGUCCAGGGCGAAUGGAAAUUGUGAAGUUUUGUGGAGGGAGAGAAUGGAGAGACGCUGUUAUACACUCUGAGGGGCAUCAGGUCACAGUGCAGUUCAUGAGUGGACCACACAACAAUGGCCGUGGCCUCUUCCUCUCCUACACCAAAAGCCAGCACACAGACCUCAUCACCUGUCUGGAAAAAGGAAAGCACUUCAGUGAAGCGGAGUUCAGUAAAUUCUGUCCUGCUGGAUGCCUGACUGAUUUCGGAGAGGUUUCGGGAACCAUACCGCAUGGAUACAGAGAUUCUUCUCCUCUCUGUCUGGCCGGUAUUCAUGCGGGUGUGGUGUCCAACACUCUGGGGGGGCAAAUCAGUGUGGUCAGCAGCAAAGGCAUCCCACACUACGAAAGCUCACUGGCCAACAAUGUGACAUCUGUGCCUGGAAAUCUCUCCCCCAGCCUUUUUACUUUCAAGACUAGCGGUUGCUAUGGCACUUUGGGUUUGGAGUCGGGGGUGGUCAGUGACUCUCAGAUCACAGCCUCCUCAGAGUGGGAAUGGGGUGGUCACGGAAAGGAGCCCACUGUCUGGGGCCCCACAGGGGCUCGCCUCAAAACACCAGGACGUCCGUGGGCAGCAGCCAACAGCGACACAAAAGAAUGGAUUCAAGUGGACUUGAAGAAAGAGAAAAAAAUAACAGGUAUUACCACCACUGGCUCCAGCCUCCAAGAAUAUCAGUUUUACAUUUCAGCCUAUGAGGUGUUAUAUAGCCAUGAUGGACAGCAAUGGAAAGCCUGCCAAGAAGUGGGAUCAGAUAAAAACAAGAUUUUCCAAGGCAACACCAACUAUCUCCAGGAAGUGCGGAACAACUUUAUUCCUCCAAUUGAAGCACGAUUUAUCAGAAUAUGUCCCUUGCAGUGGCACCAGAGGAUCGCCCUUAAAAUGGAGCUGCUGGGCUGCCAACCUCAUGCAGCGAGGCCAAGAAUCUUCCAUCCAGCCCCUCCUCCCCCUCGCAGAAAAAGCACAGUGCCCCCCCUACAGGAGAGGACGACACACACGCCCAACAUCCGAAACACCACCAUGCCUCCUCCCUCUCACGAUGAGGUGGCGCUGGUGGCUGUGUUGGUUCCUGUAUUGGUGGUGGUUCUGACAACCCUGGUGUUAGUGAUGGUGUGCUCAUGGCUGUGGAAGAACAGAAAAAGCCCCGAGGUGACUUAUGACCUUCCACAGUGGGAGCGCACAGUGUGGUGGAAGAGUAUGAAACAGCUGCUGCCCUCUAAGUUGGAUGGAGACAAUUGUGUUCGUUACAGUUCCUCGGCACGAGUGGACCACCAGAGACCCCGGGUGGAGCAUGCAGAAUACGCCCAACCGCUUGUCACCGGUACUAUGGCCUCUCUUGGACAAAGGUCAACGUUUAAACCCGAAGAGGCCGGUGGGCCCGAGUAUGAUGCACCUAUUCCUGCGGAACAUUACCAUGCUUACGCUGAGCCCCUUCCUGCUUCUGGCACUGAAUACGCCACGCCAAUCAUGAUUGACAGGGCUAACCACCUAUCAGGAGGCACUCUACCAUUCAGGGGGCGUAGUUUAGUGGCUCGGACAGACAGCAGCCAAUCAGCAAGCUCAGCCUAUGACACACCCAAGAGCACAUCUGAUCAAGCCACACCCACAGAGGGACAGUUGUACCAAGUGCCACAGAAUACCCACAGUGCACAGUGUCAGAACAAAGACUGACCAAUCACAAAUGAGCGGACCCAUUUGGAAACCCUGGGCUGAAUAUUGCCUUUCCCAGAAAUCUGCAGAUCAGAUCAGAAUGUGCCGUCUCAAAUUGUAUACCGUGCAAGUCCUAUCACUGAAAUAACACACAGGAAUGUCAGGAGAGAGAGAAGAGCAGAGAUCUUGUUACACUACUGUGUUCUGUGAGUGUUCAUACGUCUAAAUGUGUGUGUACGAGUGCAUAUAUGUGACUGCUCUGCUAUCAAACUGUGAGUCCUUAGAUGUCUGUGCAUUUUUCUGAGAGUGGAGAUGUAUUCGUCAU